CUCUUACGAACUGAGCUGAGUGGGCUGAUAACAGGACAACCUCCACAACCAUCUGUGUUGACAGCAGAAGUUAUUCAACUCUGAUCUGACCUUGCAGAUGUUUCGUGAGGACUCAGGUUCCAGCUUUAAAUGAGCUGAAGGCGUUGUUAGAGACGCAUUCAGCGAGUCUUCAGAGAGCGAGGACGACAGAAACCAAGAUGAAGCGACUCGGCAUACUCCUUUGUCUGGGUUUGAUUUGUGUGGCUUCAACUCUGGCACAGACGGACCAGUUGAUCCCAGUGGAGGAAGGCUCCAGCUCAUCCCCAGCAGCCAUCUCCAAGGACCCAGACGAAGACAUCCUGAGGGCCAAUCUGGCUGAGUGUCUGGAGGACGACGACUAUGACGAGCUGCUGCGGACUGUUAAAAUAGGUCUUCCUAAAAUAAAUACUAACCAUCACGUUGUUAUUGUCGGAGCUGGCAUGGCUGGACUGACGGCUGCCAAGUUACUGCAGGACGCGGGACACAAGGUAACCAUAAUAGAGUCUAGUGGUCGUGUUGGAGGACGGGUGGAGACCUACAGGAAUGAGGAAGAGGGCUGGUAUGCUGAACUGGGAGCCAUGAGGAUCCCAAGUGCUCACAAAAUCGUCCACUGGUUUGUUAAGACACUGAACGUCACGCUGAAUAAAUUCACAAUGGAUGACCCCAACACCUUUUACUUGGUUAAUGGGUUGUUGAAGAAGACAAGCACAGUGCAAAAGGACCCUGAUGUUCUGAAGUACAACGUGGACGAAAGUGAGAAAGGGAAGUCAGCCGAUGAACUGCUGGAAAACGCUUUGCAGAAGGUGAAAGAUGAAGUGAUUGCUAAUGGCUGCUUGUCUGCGCUGAACAAAUAUGACCGUUAUUCCGUGAAGGACUAUCUGGAACAUGAAGGAAAUCUGAGUUCAGAAGCGAUAAGGAUGAUAGGAGACAUGCUUAACCAACAGAGCCUAAUGUACACAGCGCUGACGGAGAUGAUCUACAGCCGGAGUAACGUCAAUGACAAAACUGAUUACACAGAAGUGACUGGUGGAUCGGACCUUCUCCCCAAAGCUCUUCAUGAUGUCCUCAAGGUCCCUAUUCUUCUCAACUCCAAGGUCAAACGCAUCAGAUCGGUUGAAAAUAGAGGUGUAAUAGUAUCGUACCAGCAAAGCCAACAGCGUUAUGUUCAAUUUCUUCCCGCUGACAUCGUUCUGGUAACAACCACAGCCAAAGCAGCCCUCUUCAUUGACUUUCAUCCACCUCCCUCCAUCAAAAAGAUGGAGGCACUGAGAGCAGUCCACUAUGACAGCUCCACUAAAAUCAUCCUCACCUUCCGUAAGAAGUUCUGGGAGAAUGAUGGCAUCCAAGGAGGAAAGAGCAUCACUGACGGACCCUCUCGUUUCAUCUACUACCCCAGCCACAGUUUCCCAACCAAUAAGACCAUCGGGGUCCUCCUGGCCUCCUACACCUGGUCUGAUGACUCCCUCCUCUUCUUAGGGGCGAGUGAUGAAGACCUGAAAGAGCUGGCUCUGAGAGAUUUGGCAAAGAUCCACGGCGAGGACGUUAAAUCUCUCUGCACAGGGGUGGUGGUGAAGAGGUGGAGCGCGGAUCCUCACAGCUUGGGCGCCUUCGCUCUCUUCACACCCUACCAACAUUUAGAGUACUCCAAAGAGCUCUUCAGAAGUGAAGGCAGGGUGCACUUUGCUGGUGAACACACAGCUUUUCCUCACGCUUGGAUCGAGACAGCUAUGAAAUCUGCGAUCAGGGCUGCUACCAACAUUAACAAAGAGUCAGCUACAACAUGAGCCUUAGCGACUACUCUCUAGGGCAAUCAGUAAUAUUGUAGUAAUCAAAUAUCUGUGUCAAUUGUUAGUGUAGUUCUGGAUGUAUAGAGGUAAAAUUGAACAAAAGUGUGGCACUUUUGUUUGGUGAUUGCAUUACUUGCCUUAGCAGUAAGACUCAUCGUGAUUGUCCUUCCACAGUGCAGCUCUUAUCUGCAUCAAACUGUUGCAUUGACAUUGAACGAUGUCUUGAUGUUGCUAGGCAAAAGUAUUAUCAGAUAUACUGACAAAGCAACUUUGGCCAUAACUGCUGAUAACUGAUAUUAUCAAAAGUUAAUGCACCACUUAUGUUCAUAAACCUUGAUGUCUAUGUUGUAAUUUCUGUCUGUGCAAUUAAAUAAAGCUUUGUCAAUUUCAAA